AUCGAGUGCAAGUAUUCCAGUCGCGACAGAUGCAAACGGAAAGUUCACAGUGCGCGUACGCGGGGUGGCCUGAGUGCUUUGGCAACCCCCUGGAGCGAGCUAGCCAUGCCGACCACUCCAAGCGACUGCUUCUGAAGCCCCCGCUCCUCCCCCCGACCAUGCAAGACCAUUCUCACGUGAAACGGAUCUUGCAAAUCCGACCCCCCCUUGCGCCACAGAGUCAAGCAUACCUGGCAACGCCACCGGCCUGUGCGUUUUCGAUCCAUUGCAAACGCACCCUGGCCACCCGCAAGUGUUAUCACUGCGCCAAAUUCGAUGUACAGCGAACAGGGUAUUACUGCGACGAGUGCUUUGUCGCUCGGCACCCCCCCUUGCGUCUGACUCAUUCGUGGACGUUUUUGAAAGACGAACGAGACUCAAAAGCAGAUUGGAUCAAACACCUCACACAGCUGAAACUCGAGCAAGAUUUUCACGAACUUCGUGGCAUGCUCGACCAAACGAGCUCGUUCCUGGAUACGGCCGCAAAGGCCGGUGCGUCCCACCACCCAACGGAGACAAAGGUGAAGAAAGCCAUCGAAGACAUCUCGACCAUCGAUUCUGGGAUCCGGACACUUAUGGGACGCGUCAAGAAGUCGCUCAAGUGCAAGCACCUCACGCGCGCCGACGCCGUGCGCAAGAUUCAGGACAUGUGGAAAGUGCGCAAGGCACGGAAACAUUUCAAGGCGCUACUUCGCAGCAUUUACAAACGCAUGGAGGACCCCGUCACGGGAAAAGUGUACUACUUUAACACACUGACGGAGAUGGCCCAGUGGGACAAGCCCCUGGGGCUUGGUUCCGACGACUAUGCUGCGAAUAAGACGAAGAAGAAGGCAAUCAUGACACGGGUGUGGACACAAAGCGAUGCCGCCGAGUUCAUUCAACGAGCAUACCGGCGUCGACAAGCCACGGCCACCGUCCGUCAACUGAUUCAUAAACUGUACCGUAAAGUCAAAGACCCUGCUUCAGUAUAUUAUUGUGUAGGCAUGUACUAUUACUACAACAAGCAGACGGGGGAAGUCAGCUGGACAAAACCCAAGCUAUUGGGCCAACACGGCGACAUCGCUGUUGAGAGCACCGCGAAACACCACGCUCGAGCUACAGUCAAAGCAGACCCGCCCAAUGAAAUCGACGCCGCGCAGCGCAUUCAGCGCAUGUUUCGAUGCGGCAUGGCUAGGCGGCAAAUGCACGGGAUGAUUUCCCACGUAUACGUCAAGAUCUGGGACGACACUCGAGCGCAAUUUUACUUUUACAACACCUCUACGAAAACCGUGAGCUGGGCCAAGCCAAAAUGGGUCGACGAAGACGACUUGAUGUCCCCUCGCACACAUCAAGCCUUCCUUCUCCAAGAAAAGGUUGACGCUAUUCGCAAUGGUCCACCAGAUGCCGCGGUCCAGUACCUCCAGCGGCUCAUCAGGCGGCGUCAGGCGCGGCGGAGGCUGCAGGUGAUGCUCGCCGAGGUGUAUGAGAUGGUGCUGGACGAAGCUACGGGAGAGUACUUCUACCAUAACAAGAAGACCGGCAACGUUACGUGGACUAAACCUCCGCUGAUUUAAAAAUGAUCGAGUCUUCAACUUAAACGAGCCAAUCAUAUUAGCGGAUUUCAGGUUAUUUAAAUAUGUUUUUC